AUGGAUGCUGCUACUGAACAGUUUAUAAAAGCCUCAGAUCUUAACCGAUUAUCAAGAGCUGAUUCCAACUUAUCAAAGACAAGUGUGUUCGCGUCGUCUUCUAUGAGUGUGGGGAAAAAAUUGGAGGACAUGUCUGCGUAUAUUCAUUUCUUGGCCUCUGGAUUUGAAACUUUAAGAAGAGCUUUUGGUACAAUCCCUGGAAGCUUGCAGCCAGAUGAAGAGUUGUGCAGAGAUCUUGGCUUGUCUCUCAAGACUCCUUCCCGGAAUAGUCUCAAGGAAGAUUGA